AUGACUGUGAAAGAUAUGAAAGAUACGGCCAUCAAAGGGUUUAAAUUGAUGAUGGAUGUCACAUUCAAGAAACAUGCCAAAUACACCAUAGAAGACAAUGAUUCUCAGAGAGAAGUUACUUCAAAGUUUUGUUUGAUGAAGUCACCAAAUAGUCAUCUGCUGUACCCCUCCCUGCUCUAUGGUGAGGGGGCGCGGAGGAGGAGGAGGAGGAGGAGCAGUAGCAGGAGGAGGAGCCGUGUGCCCUGGCACCGAGCGGCCGUGGCCGUGGCGUACGCCUAUCUCUUCAGGUACAUCAUCAUCGGCGACACAGGUGUUGGUAAAUCAUGCUUAUUGCUACAGUUUACAGACAAGAGGUUUCAGCCAGUGCAUGACCUGACUAUCGGUGUAGAGUUUGGUGCUCGAAUGAUAACUAUUGAUGGGAAACAGAUAAAACUUCAGAUAUGGGAUACGGCAGGGCAAGAGUCCUUUCGUUCCAUCACAAGGUCAUAUUACAGAGGUGCAGCAGGGGCUUUACUAGUGUAUGAUAUUACAAGGAGAGAUACAUUCAACCACUUGACAACCUGGUUAGAAGAUGCCCGCCAGCGUUCCAAUUCCAACAUGGUCAUUAUGCUUAUUGGAAAUAAAAGUGAUUUAGAAUCUAGAAGAGAAGUAAAAAAAGAAGAAGGUGAAGCUUUUGCACGAGAACAUGGACUUAUCUUCAUGGAAACUUCUGCUAAGACUGCUUCCAAUGUAGAAGAGGCAUUUAUUAAUACAGCAAAAGAAAUUUAUGAGAAAAUCCGAGAAGGAGUCUUUGACAUUAAUAAUGAGGCAAACGGCAUUAAAAUUGGCCCUCAGCACGCUGCUACUAAUGCCACACACGCGGGCAAUCAGGGAGGACAGCAGGCCGGGGGAGGCUGCUGUUGAGUCCGUUUUUACCGUCUCGCUGCCCAAAUGUGGCUCCUCACUUCCUCUUUCACUCUCCUGCUCAGCUGAGACAUGAAACUAUUUGAAAUGGCUUUAUGUCACAGGAGACUCUAAUCCUUCGAAAUUCUUGUAUAACUUUGAAUAAAUGGUUAAUGUUCACUUAAAAAAGACAGAUUUUGGAGAUUGUAUUCAUAUCUAUUUGCAUUUGAUUUCUAGGUCAAUUGAUGUGAUUAUUUUUGUUGAAUGUUGUCUUGUGCCCUUACCUACGAACUGAACUGUAUUAAACACUACAAAGUCAUCUUGAGUAUUUUAAAUCAGUUUGUGUGGUUAGGUUUCCCGACACCUGUGGACCUAAUGUUUAAUAUUCUAGAACUGUCCUCAAAAAGUUUGUCAGUUUUCAAGGCUAUAAGGAAAACCAGAAGGACUCUUUUAAUUCUGUAUUUAUCAUUUACUUUCUGUAUAUACAGUUUAACCUGCUUGGGUGUAAUUUGCCAAGCUUGAAUUCUUUAAUGCAUUUGCAUAAAUUCUAUACUGUUUAGAGCUUAAAGCUACAGAAGCAUUGUUAGGAAUUGCUUGGACACUGAAUUUUAAACUUUUUGACAUUGUU